UUCACGCCGUUCUCUGCUGAGCGGAGAAAAACAGAGACGCAGCUUCCGCGUUGCGCCUCAGAUUCAGAGACUGGAACCUGAGCGGAGAGACACACCUGAGGGGCAGGUGAGCUGCUGGCAGCGGGUUCGGACGGGUUCUGCCAGGUACCGGGACUUUCUACCUUCCCCUGCUCUCAGUGAACAACCCGACCGGAUCUUCCUGCUGAAGGUGGAGCGUCCAGAAAACUCAAUAAAGGUUCCUGAGGAAGCGGCUCGUCUCGCUCCGUUGGUCCCGGCCUUCGUCCCUGAGGAGCCGUCCUCACCUGGUGCUUCUCACGCAGGUGAGGCGAUGAAAGCAGAUGUUGGUCCACUUCCAGCUGCGCAGCCGUGGAGCAGAACCACCGCCACACGCCCGGCCGUCUGUGAAUGGGACCCCUGUGAGAAGAUGCUGGAGCCGGACACUCAGAUGGACUUCUUCCAUAAACUGGGAUUCUCCACGGCUCAGGUGCGGGCCGUCCAGCAGAAGUUCGGCACCGACACGGACAAAGUGCUGGGAGAGCUGGUUCGGGUCGGAGCCGGUCGGAGCGCCAAGCAGGGCCCGGUGACCACCGUGUCGGUGCUGAUGCCCAGAGGGGACUCAGAGGCCGGGGCCCCCGAGCUGCUGGUGCCCGUCACAGACUCGUCUCCUCGGAGCAGAGAAGGUGGAGAAGAUGGAGACGCUCUGAGGGCCGUGGUGAUAGACGGCAGCAACGUGGCCAUGAGCCACGGGAACAAGGAGGUCUUCUCCUGCCUGGGAAUCCAGCUGGCCGUGAACUUCUUCCUGGACCGAGGCCACACUGACGUCACCGUCUUCGUCCCGUCGUGGAGGAAAGAGCAGCCCCGACCGGACGUUCCCAUCACAGAUCAGCACAUCCUCAGAGAGCUGGAGCGGAAGAAGGUUCUGGUGUUCACGCCGUCCCGCCGGGUGGCAGGAAAACGGGUCGUGUGCAACGACGACUGCUUCAUCGUGAAGCACGCCUUCGAGUCGGACGGCGUGAUCGUGUCCAACGACCUGUACCGGGACCUGCAGGGCGACCGGCCCGAGUGGAAGCGCUUCAUCGAGGAGCGGCUGCUCAUGUACUCCUUCGUCAACAACAAGUUUAUGCCUCCUGACGAUCCGCUGGGCCGACACGGACCCAACCUGGAGAACUUCCUGAGGAAGUUUCCAAAAACCCAGAAGAAGCAGGCCUGCCCCUAUGGGAAGAAGUGUACCUACGGGAUCAAAUGUAAGUUCUACCAUCCGGAGCGAGCCAAGCAGUCCAACAGAACCGUGGCCGACGACCUGCGGCAGAACGCCAAGAACCCGCCGGCCUCCCAGAAACCGGGCCCGGCCCGCUGCGGUUCUGCUCCCGGGCUCAGCCUCUCUGUGGUGGAGGACAUGGCGGAGAGGCUGACUCUGGCCCAGGAGCCUCCGGCGCGGGGCGGCCAUCGCUCCGCCAAGAAGCCUCAGCCCAGGAGGGAGAAGGCGGGCCAGCGUUCGGACCGGGCCUCGGUCCGGUACCACGACUCUCAGGACCAGCUGGACUCGGGUUUGGGCUCCAUAGACAGUCAGCUGGUGGAGAACAUGUGGAGUCUGCAUGAUCCCAAGUACGACCCGGCGUACGGUACCGUCCCGCCUCGGUUCUGCCCGCCAGGCAGCGCCGCCUGCAGCUGCUGCUCACACGGUCCGUUCCAGCGAACCGGGGCGGUACCGCCGAGCGGCCGCGGCACCGAUCCGACCCCCUACAGCCUGCCGGGCUUUCCCGGCUGUGGCCCGAUCCCACCCAGCAGGUCUGCCUUCAGUCAGCCUGCAGACUUCCAGCGCAGGCGGGUCCAAACCCAUCAGCACCCCUCUUACUGGUCCGACCCGUUCGCCUGUCGCCUUCCACAGAACCAAAGUUCUCCAUGGGAGGCCGGUCCGGGUCCGGGUCCAGGUCCGGGUCCGGGGGAGAGGGAAGUGGUGCGGAAGAAGCUUCUGGCCAUCUUCAGUGCCCAGCUGGUGGACACGGCCAUGGACCGGUUCCCUCAGGUGUUGGACCCACAGGUGCUGGUGGCAGAGAUCCUGGUUCUCCAGAGUCAGAACCGGUCCCAGAGAUGAGUCCGGUCCGGCUGGAAGGCGUCGUCCCUCAGACCAACAUGAGUUGGUGUGUUUUGGUAUAGUGGCAUCCACCUGGGAAUAAACUGUCUCUGCGCUCCAGAACCGGGUCGGGCCGCCUGGUCGGGCCGCCGGGUCGGGCCGCCGGGCAGAGGCGCUGAGCAUCUGAUACAAAUUGUAUCUUUAUUUUAAAAAAGUGGGUUCUAGUCACUAAACGGGUCCAGUUCAUCUGUACAGUGUUACUGAUUUACGUCAGAACUUUUUCAUUAAUGCUGUUAUUUUAUCAUUUAGUUCUCAUGCAGACAAAAACACCAGCUGUAUUUCCUCUGAGAGCCAGAACCUGCUGUGGUUCUGACCCACUUUAAACACUCCGGUGUUUGUUAUAAAGCUGACUCUGUCCCUAAUGAGAUAGAAAGUGAGCAUAGAAACUUGUCUGCCAUAUUGGCAGCAUCUGUCCUGGUUCUGUUGCACAAACUGAAUCAAACUGUCCGUUCGGUUCCGGAGGUUCUGUUGCAGAACAGAAAUCUUUCUGUGUGGUGUUCUCCGUGUGCGUGAUUGUAAAAGCAGAAUAAAUCUGUAGGGAUGGUAGAACCUUUUUAAGGUCAAUACGGACUCCAGAACAUUUCAAACUGUACAAGAACCGCAGAACUAUUGGGAGGUUCUGUUGGUCCAUCCCACUGCGCCAUUGCUGCAGGAAAAAGGUUCUGUCCAGAUGGCGCGGACUGCAAGAACAAAGGGAUGUGAUUCUGUUCCUUUAAAGCAAAUUACCCAAAAGUUCUGCAGGUUCUGCCAGAACCCACAAACCGGACCUCAGUUUGAAUGAAUUUAGUGACAUGAACGUGAGGAACAAUAAUCUGGUUUAUUUUAGAACCAAAGGAUGAACAUGUGACGUCUGACCAGAGGGGGCAGCACUGAGCCACAUUUACCGGAUCAAAGACGUUUUAAUGUUUCACUUCUGCUUGUCUAAAGGUUAGAAAUAAUGUUUAGCUUCUCUGUCCACCUCUGAGUUGGACCAGAAACGUUCUGGACUGUUUUCACUGGAGAACUUCGGUUCAGAACCUCCCUCUUGUACAGCAGCAGCUCCAUCAGAACAUCUCUGAGGGAUGUGAGGAACCCAUCAUUACGUGGCAGCAGAACAAAAGUCCUGAAUUCAGUCAGUCAGAGACGCUCUUAGUGGUUCCCAGCAGUCUCGGCUAAAUUUGGCAGAACUUUGGUUCCUAAGGGAAGGUUCUUCACAUGUAGAGGCUUAUUAGGAGUCUCAAUGUGGACCUUUAUGUUCCACCUGCGUGAUCCAACAGGAUCUGCUAGAACAGAACCUGUCCGUUCGUAUUAUGCUGCUUUUAAUUAUUUCUAUGAUGACGUUGUUAUUUUCAUACAAAUUAAACUGUUCUCACCUGCCUCCACAAGAACAUCGGUUCUGCUUGGAAAUUAUUGUUCUCGGCUGCUGUAGAACCAACUGAACUUUGGUUCUGAUGAGGUUCUGAUGAGUGUAAAUAUGGAAAUGUCUCAUAUUAUCAAUCUCUUCAUUUUUACACGUUAAUAUUAGUCAACAUAAGAGAAAAGAGGAAGAAAAACGGUUUAAUACUAAAUUAAAGCGUUCAUAGUUUUGCUUUUUGCUUUUCUCACAUUGUUGUUUUAUUAACUGAGGGGGUUUGACUUUUUUUGGGACUUCAGAUUUUAAAUGUAACUUUGCUUUGUCUGAACCUAGAAGACUUAUUUAGGUUGAAAUGUGUCUAAAUGAGGGUCUGAUACAGCUUUAACAUUUAAAUCAGGUAUAUUCAGACUGAGAAUCUGUUUAAAAUUUGCUGUAUUUGUUUUCUGCCAUUUAGUUGUUAAAAUAUGAACUAUAUUUUUGUAUUAUUGUUGUUGUUUUUUUUAAUAGAGAAGCAAGGCAUUGCUGCCGGUUACCUGGACCUUAUUACCGUUGAGCUGACCUCUCAGAGCUGUGUGUAUAUACGAAAUGUAACUAUAAAUACAAUUUUAUAUAAAUGCUACUGAAGCCUUUUCUACUGAAUAAUAAUUUGUAAAAAUAAAUAUUUCUUCAGUAACUUUGAAAA